AGUCCAGUGGGACAGAUGUGAAUCAAGCCUCAGGCAGCUGGCUCAGUUUCCUGAGCCUGACGUCAGAUUGGGUGACACCUCUCCCCUCUCCUCUCUGCCUCCCAGGCAAAGUGACAGUAGGAGCAAAGCCUCACCCUGGGAUUGGCCGGAAAAGUUGGCAAGUCCUCAGCGAUUGGCUGGCAAGGUUUUAGAGGGAGUCCUGUUCUCCAAUUAAAGCCGACUGAAUCAGACUGGCUGGGUGCAGAGCUCACAACUGGAACUGGAGUAUUAUUAUCCAUCUCUCAACAUCUCCCAGACAUCAGUCAUUCAAAGAAGAGCUGUCACAAGAGCUCCUCACAGCUCCCAGCGCUCUCAAUCCAUCGCACUGAAAAACCUGAACCUGCCUCUGUUCAAGAAGAAAAGACAAAGCUGGCGAUGGAGCUGAACCCUGCAGUCCAAAAGAUGUCCCUAGGCCAACAGCAAUCAGCCAGAGGUGUGCCUUGUUUGAGAUGCAAGGGGACGUGUGCAGGCUUCGAGCCACAUCCUUGGAGGAAAAUAUGCAAGUCAUGCAAAUGCAGCUAUGAAGAUCACAGCCUGAGCUCCGAAAUGGAAGAUGAUCGGAAAAUUGGCCGCUUGCUGACAGAUUCCAAAUACUCCACCCUCACAGCCCGAGUCAAAGGAGGAGAUGGCAUCCGCAUCUACAAGAGGAACCGGAUGAUUAUGACCAACCCUAUUGCGACAGGGAAGGACCCCACCUUUGAUACCAUCACAUAUGAAUGGGCUCCUCCAGGACUGACUCAGAAACUGGCUAUCCACUAUAUGGAAUUGAUUCCAAAAGAAAUGCAGCCAGUCACAGGGACUGAAGGAGCCUUUCUCCGCCGGCGACAACUGAUGAGGCAGCUGCCAAUUUACGAUCAGGACCCUUCUCGAUGUCGCAGCAUUUUGGAAAAUGAAGUGAAAUUGAUGGAAGAUUUUGUCAAGAAAUACAAAAGUGAUGCCCUUGGAGUGGGAGAGGUAGCCCUCCCAGGACAAGGUGGCCUACCCAAAGAUGAGGGAAAGCAACAGGAAAAGUCCGAAGGGGCAGGAAGCACACCACCCACCACAAAUGGAAGUGUUGGUGACUCAACAAAGGAAGUGGAAUAUAUCUGUGAGCACUGUAAACAGGCUGCCCCCUCAGACUGCCCCGUGGUGUACGCAGACAGGGCUGGCUAUGAUAGGCAGUGGCAUCCCGCCUGCUUUGUGUGUGCCAAGUGCUCUGAACCUCUGGUUGACCUGAUCUACUUCUGGAAAAAUGGUGCUCCCCUUUGUGGGCGCCAUUACUGCGAGAGUGUGCGGCCCCGUUGCAAGGGCUGUGAUGAGAUUAUAUUCUCCGAGGACUACCAGCGAGUGGAAGAUCUGGCCUGGCACCGAAAGCAUUUCGUCUGCGAGGGCUGCGAGCAGCCACUGACUGGCCGAGCUUACAUCGUGACUAAGGGUCAGCUCUUGUGCCCCACCUGUAGCAAAACCCAACGUUCUUAAGGGUUGUCCCCUUGGAGCCUGAGUGGAGGGAGAUAGCCAGAGUCCCUGCCAUCUCACCCUGAGGCAGAAGAGAAGGGUCGUGCUGGAGCAAACAACUUUAAGGCAUAUUUCUCAGUGGGAUAUUUUUUUAAAGGAAAGAUGCUUGUGGGUAGAUAGUUUCAAAACCAAAAAAAUGUUCUGUAUAAACAUGGGGAGGAAGGCUGUUUUCAGAUGAAAGGAAGCGUGUUGCAUGGCACCACUGGUGUUUUAUAGAAGGAGUUUCCCAGAAUGCCAGUCUGAGAGGUCUGAUCAUAUAGGAAUAGAAUAUGAGUGCUUUUUCAUGAACACAGGAGCUCCUGAAACAUCGAGGAGUUCAAGGUGGGUGGGGGGAUAUUGGAUUCCAAUGAUUUUUUUCAGCCUCCUUUUCAAAUAAAAUUCAAAUUUCAAAGUGCAUUUUUUUUGCAUGAUAAGUUCGUUCUCAAUAAAAGUUCUAUUAAGUCAAAA